AUGAGGCCUAUCACUGUAUCUUGGGUGCUAACAGCCCUGAUCGUCUCUGCAGCUGCCGCGCCCGUUCCUGCAGUCAGACCUGCCACGGGAAGCGUGGAGCGCCGCAUGGAGCAUGAGGUGCCAGUUUUCGACUUCAAGGAUUAUACCAGACAGCCUAUCCCGCCCCCGGAAGAGAGGUCACAAAUCGAAGAGCCAGCCUCGCUCGAAGCUAGGCGUCUUCACAUCAUCAACCAUUUCCCUGGUACUCUAGUCCGUCCCACGACGUACCCAGAUGGCACCCCGAUUCCCUGGCAGAAGCGAUCUGAGCUCCCUGAGAAGGAGCAGCCAGCGCUGGUCGCGCGUUCACCAUCACGUGGGUGUCGAAGCUUCCGCAGUGCGAAGUUCAAUGAGCACUUAUCUGACUCCUACUAAUACUUUUGCGCGCACAGUCUCCGCCUCGCAGUCGAGCGUCCAACCUCUCGCAGCCAGAGCUCCAACACCUGCACCAGGUGAGCACAAGGAGUGGAGCCAAAAGGGAGAUGAGAUUUGUGGCGCUUUAGGACAGCAUGGCACCUAUGGCCAAAGAAAGGUGACUGCUCUCACUGGCGAGGAUGCAAAAUACGUCAUGGGAGUCGCUCAAAGCGACAUUCUGCGGCGAAGUCUCCACAAGAGCGCAUGUGGGCAUUACGACCGUGGUCAAAAGAUGACAUUCAAGCCACUCGCCAAAAGGCGUGAAGAGUUGCCAUCCAAGGAGUUUGAAUAUGCGAUACACGAAUUGGGUCCGAUUACCCCCAUGGACUACAAUCCGUCGAGGAGUAGGAAGAUGCACAGUGGUGUUGCAGCUCUGGUCGAUGACGAGCCGGUCACGAAGCAUAAUCACAAGCACAACCAGUACAAAUCUGAUCCUGCUUACCAGCCGGCCAUCGACCCGGACACGAAGCACUAUCACAAGCACAGCCAGUACAAAUCUGACGCUGGUUACCAGACGGUCAAUCUUAAGGAGCUCGAAAGGGUCCCCCUCCCACUCGGUCAACUCACGGGGCUUGGGCCUGAAGUGAAAGGCACUUUCCACGGCUUCAAACGCAGGGCUGUGGGCGAAGGUGAGGCUUGAAUGCCUUGCCGUCGACUAGGACGCUACGAGUGUGUACGUGCACCCAUGCCCAUGCUCACGAACGUGGACUUGUAGCGCGUGGGUGUAGACGGCUUUGUAUAGCACAUCGUUGGAUGAUAAUGAUCAUUGCUCCGGCUCUCACGGCCUUGACGACAAAGCGGCUGACGUAAGCGCUCUUGGCCUGCCUUCUAUCCAGACCCCAGCGAGAAGCACCUUCCCCUUGAAAGGAGAGAGAUGAUCAAUUAUGAUCUCGGUCGUCCCGGUCACGACCGCUUCGGUCAGCCUAUGGUUGUAUCGAGCGGUGGUGAUGUCUUGAAGGAGUAUAACAGACUGUAUGGCUGCGGCGCAGGCAACAUCAUCCCCUGCCCGAAAGGUACGAGUGAAAAGAAGAGGGCUAGUGAUAUGCACCCGAAGACACACACCGAGCCAAAGACGAAACCCAUUUCGGAUGGCGACAACCCAAGAGAAAGGUGGAAAUUCUUUCAAGGGUGGCCGCGAUACUUGGACGAACCCUAUUUGGAUCGCCAUCUUCAUCUCUUUGGUGGACCGGAGAAGAUCAAGGCUGUCGCCGAUUCAACGCCCACUUCAGCGCCCACGCACGUCAUCAGGAAGCACGAAGAGACAGCUGGCGGCAAAAAGUCGAUGGAGUUCCAAGAGUAUACACCAACGCAAAUGGCACAAUUCCAGAAGCAACACUACAGCUCCGCCGAUGGUCAUCUCGGUCACAGUCUUCCAGCGGUACGCCGUCAUGUAGAUGGAGAGGAAUCGGUAGGACACAAGUUCACGGAAGCGGAGCUGGAGAACUAUAAGCAGACCCAUCACAACUUCGGAACCUCGAAUAAGGUCACUUCCAGAUCGCGUGAGUCAAUUUGGCCUUCGCAUCGGGACCGAGCUUUGAUCUCAUUGAUCUGACGUCUCGACGCACUUUCACCUCAAGCUGAGAAAGUUGAGAAGAUUACGCGUCACGGUUGUGCGUACGAGGGCGGCCUAAGCAAGCCUCGCGGUCGAUCUGACGUCUGCAACUUUUUAUCCUGUACAGCGUACUCGACCACCAACGUGCCCAACAAGAGCGCAGAAUGGGAGGCUGAGCAUACGCAGAAAGGCAAGGAAGGAGCAACUCUUGUGGGACCAGGUAAGCAACCGUAGGCUGGCACCCGCCCCAAUGCCUUCGUCGUUUACUGAUCGCCUCCUGUGUCUUUCUUUGCGGGUCGCGUAGGCGGUAAGCAUGCGCUCAAGUCCAAGGAGGACGAGGGUCCAGCCUACCUUGGCGGCAGGCCGGGAGUAGGAUCUGAUGGCACGUUCGACCCGGAUCUUUAUCGUAAAACGUGCUAUCCCGGCUUGAAAGAGGGGAUGUACACAACGCAGCAGAACAUUUGCAACGGCGCCUUUUGA